GCAUACCGCUUGCUACUGCUUCCACACAGCUAGGCUAGCGCAAACAAAGAUGCAGGUCUUUGCCAAUCGCCAGGCCUCGGGUUUCAAGGCCCGCGCGGAGCGCCCUUCGCGGAUCUCCCGUGUGCUCGUGCCUGUGGUUCACGCCGUCGCUGCGGAGACCAAGCAGGUCGGUCCCGAUGGCCGCACGCUGCGCCGCUCGCUGAACCAGACGGGCCGCUAUGUGCGCCAGCCCACCAACGACCCCGCCAGCCAGGUCAAGAUGGACGAGCACGGUGUGGGCUACUCCACCAGCGGCCUGGUGGCGCAGAUGCGCACCCAGAACAACCUGUGGAAGGAGGGCGACGUGACCGUCAAGCUGGCCAAGGCGUACGGCUACUGCUGGGGCGUGGAGCGCGCGGUGCGCAUGGCCUACGAGGCGCGCCUGGCGCACCCCGACAAGAAGGUGUUCGUGACCAACGAGAUCAUCCACAACCCCGAGGUCAACUCGCGCCUGAAGGAGAUGAACAUUGAGAUUGUGGAGGAUGAGGGCAAGGGCAAGGACUACUCCAUGAUUGGCGGCGGCGACGUGGUCAUCUUCCCUGCCUUCGGCGCCACCGUGCAGGAGCUGACUGACUUCAAGGAGAAGGGCGUGCAGAUGGUGGACACAACCUGCCCCUGGGUGGCUAAGGUGUGGAACAGCGUGGACACGCACACCCGCAAGCAGUACACGUCUGUCAUCCACGGCAAGUACUCGCACGAGGAGACAAUCGCCACCGCGUCCUUCGCCUCCAACUACAUCAUCGUCAAGGACCUCAAGGAGGCGCAGUACGUCUGCGACUACAUCCUGCAGGGCGGCAACCGCGAGGAGUUCCUGCAGAAGUUCUCAAAGGCGGUCUCGGCCGGGUUUGAUCCGGAGACCAUGCUGGACCGCGUCGGUCUGGCCAACCAGACCACCAUGCUCAAGGGCGAGACUGAGCAGAUUGGCAAGAUGCUGGAGAAGACCAUGCUGACCAAGUACGGCCCCGCCAAGCUCAACGACCACUUCCUGCUCAUGGAGACCAUCUGCGACGCCACGCAGGAGCGCCAGGACGCGCUCUACGAGAUGGUCGCCGACCCCGAGAUCGACAUGAUGAUCGUGGUCGGCGGCUUCAACAGCUCCAACACCAGCCACCUGCAGGAGAUCGCCGAGCACAAGGGCCUGGCCUCGUUCUGGGUCGACUCGGCGGCGCGCAUUGACGUCGAGAAGAAUGUUAUCCUGCACAAGCUGGCGCACGGCGAGCUGAAGGAGACCACCGGCUGGCUCAACCCCGGCAAGCCCGUCACCAUCGGCAUCACCAGCGGCGCCUCCACACCCGACCGCGCCGUGGAGGAGGUGCUGCACAAGGUGUUCAAGAUCUACAACCCCAACUUUGGUGGCGUUGCGCCCAAGGACUGCGGCCGCGUCGCCACCCCCGAUGAGGAGCACUAAACUGCCGGCGUCUACAGCAGCGGCGGCGGCGGCUGGCGACGGCGGCGCAGGGGCAGUGUACGUCGUGGCAUAGCGGCUGGUGCUGGGAGUAAGCAGCAGGGUUUCUGGAACGGUGGCUGCUCGGGCUGCCGGCGCCGGUGCGGGCUGCUAGCAUUGAGGUGUGGUUGCCGAACCGCCAGGGGCUGAGCUCUGUGCGCGGGUGGUGGUAGGUGCAGGCAGAAUCUUGGAGUACGAAGAGAGGCGCCGCACGCGCUCUUCAAGGAUAGGAUGGUGUUUCCGGGAGCUGUGGCGUAAGAGCCGUAUAUUUGGGGUGGGCCAACGCAUACAGUGGCGCGCUCUAAGUUUUGGCGGCAUGUGCUUGAUGUUGUUUCUCGUGUGCGCGUGUUCUGAGCCGGAGCUGGAUUGGUUGUAUGCGUGUACGAAUUCGGCCGCCCGUGUGUGUGAAAGGCAGGCUGCGUUAAAUGUGUAGGGAGUUUCAGUGCUGCAGAGGUGUAGCGCAGCUGUUAGGUUCUUAUGCAUUCGGGAAUGCGAGCCACAGUAUGUGAUUCUAGCCAUCGCAGGAGCGUGUGGAGAUGCGCUCUUGUGUCUUACGCAGGUACUCACCGUUGUGUGAAGGAAUGGGGAGGAUCAACAGGCGAGCUGUACGGUGAUACCCUGCCACUGAUGAGGGCGAUGGUAUUCACGCGGCAAGGUGCUUGGGGCUCAGUGUGGGAACGGUUGAAGAUGUGUUUCAUGAGGCCGUCCGCUGACCAUGGAAUAAGGGCGCCGCUGCCCAUGGCUUGUAAGCGAACUGCACA